AUGCCCUCUCGGUAUAUAAAGGCUUGUCCCUGUCCUGGUGCCAGGCACUCCCUGAGCUCCACAGCAUCACCAUGUCUGUUCGGUACACCUCCACGAGCAAGCAGUACUCUUCCUCCCGCAGUGGGGGUGGAGGAGGUGGUGGAGGGUCAACCCACAGAAUCUCCAGCAGCAAAGGAUCCCUUGGUGGAGGAUUUAGCUCAGGGGGCUUCAGCAGCAGCUCUUUCAGCCGCAGGAGCUCUGGGGGAGGCUGCUUUGGGGGCUCCUCAAGUGGCUAUGGAGGAUUAGGAGGAGGUUUCAGUGGAGGUAGCUUUGGUGGAGUCUUUGGAGGUGGCAGCUUUGGCGGGGGCUAUGGAGGAGGAAGCUUCGGUGGCGGCAGCUUCGGUGGUAGUGGCUAUGGAAGCCUUGGUGGAUUUGGCGACGGUGGCCUUCUCUCUGGAAAUGAAAAAGUAACCAUGCAGAAUCUGAAUGACCGCCUGGCUUCCUACUUGGACAAAGUUCGGGCCCUGGAAGAAUCCAACUAUGAGCUGGAAGGGAAAAUCAAGGAGUGGUAUGAAAAGCAUGGUAACUCAGGCCGGCGGGAGCCUCGUGACUACAGCAAAUACUACCAAACCAUUGAGGAGCUUAAAAAUCAGAUCGUGAGCCUAACAACUGACAAUGCCAAUGUCCUGCUUCAGAUUGACAAUGCCAGACUGGCAGCUGAUGACUUCAGGCUGAAGUAUGAGAAUGAGGUUGCCCUGCGCCAGAGCGUGGAGGCUGACAUCAAUGGGCUGCGCAGGGUGCUGGACGAGCUGACCCUCACCAAGUCUGACCUGGAGAUGCAGAUCGAGAGCCUGACUGAAGAGCUGCAGUACCUGAAGAAGAAUCAUGAAGAGGAAAUGAAAGACCUUCAAAAUGUGUCCACUGGCGAUGUGAAUGUGGAAAUGAAUGCUGCCCCGGGUGUUGAUCUGACUGAACUUCUGAAUAACAUGAGAAGCCAAUAUGAACAACUUGCUGAACAAAACCGUAAAGAGGCUGAAGCCUGGUUCAAUGAAAAGAGCAAGGAAUUAACUACAGAAAUUGACAGCAACAUUGAACAAAUGUCCAGCAUUAAAACUGAAAUUACUGAAUUGAGACGCACUGUUCAAAGUCUGGAGAUCGAAUUACAGUCCCAACUGGCCCUGAAACAAUCCCUGGAAGCCUCCUUGGCCGAAACAGAAGGCCGCUACUGCGUGCAGCUCUCACAGAUUCAAGCCCAGAUCUCUGCACUGGAAGAACAGCUGCAACAGAUCCGGGCUGAAACCGAGUGCCAGAACGCUGAAUACCAACAACUCCUGGACAUCAAGAUCCGACUGGAGAGUGAAAUUCAGACCUACCGCAGCCUGCUAGAAGGAGAGGGAAGUCAAGGCGGCGGCCACGGCGGCGGGCGCGGCGGCGGAAGUUAUGGCGGUAGCCAUGGAGGCAGUUCCGGCGGUGGUGGCAGCUAUGGCGGCGGCCAAGGAGGCAGUUCCGGCGGCGGAAGUUAUGGCGGUAGCCAUGGAGGCAGUUCCGGCGGUGGUGGCAGCUAUGGCGGCGGCCACGGAGGCAGUUCCGGCGGUGGCCACGGGGGUAGCUACGGUGGCAGCAGCUCUAGUGCCGGAGGCGUCGGUGGCGGCUCCAGCGGAGGCCAGGGAGGAAGUGGAGGCUUCAAGUCCUCCUCUUCCGGUUCCACUGGCGAAUCAUCUAAGGGACCAAGGUCAGGAGAAACUAGCUGGGAUACUAACAAAACCAGAUUGAUCAAGACAAUUAUUGAAGAGGUGACACCUGAUGGUAGAGUGCUUUCAUCUAUGGUUGAAUCAGAAACCAAGAAACACUACUAUUGAGCUGCAUGGAGAGCAAAGUCUCUCUUCACACAGACCAUUAUAUACAGAUGCAUGAAAAAUGAAAUGUCCAAGAAAACACUUCUGUCUUUAUGGUCUAUGAAAACAGGUUCACCCCUUGAAAAUAAGGUGUCUAAAGGUGUUUUGUGAUUUCUGUAUUUCCUCUCUACCAAAAAGUGUUCUUUCAUAGAAAAAAAGAAAACUUUCUGUUCUUAUUUACUAACAAAUUUCAAUAAACUUUUCUAACUGAUGCAAACUA